GCGGCGGGAGCGGAGCGGAGGGAGCCGGGCGGCGGAAGGACACCAUGAGCUUUCUGGGAGGCUUUUUCGGUCCCAUCUGUGAGAUCGAUGUGGUCCUUAACGAUGGGGAGACGCGGAAGAUGGCCGAAAUGAAGACGGAAGAGGGCAGAGUAGAGAAACAUUAUCUGUUUUACGAUGGCGAAUCCGUUUCGGGAAAGGUAAACUUAGCCUUUAAGCAAGCCGGAAAGAGGCUAGAGCACCAAGGAAUUAGAAUUGAAUUUGUCGGUCAAAUUGAGCUCUUCAGUGACAAGAGUAACACCCACGAGUUUGUUAACCUAGUGAAAGAAUUGGCCUUACCUGGAGAACUGACCCAGAGCAGAAGUUACGACUUUGAGUUCAUGCAGGUUGAAAAGCCAUAUGAAUCUUUCAUCGGAGCCAAUGUCCGACUGAGGUAUUUUCUUAAAGUGACAAUAGUGAGAAGACUAUCAGACUUGGUAAAAGAAUAUGAUCUUAUUGUUCACCAGCUUGCUACCUACCCUGAUGUUAACAAUUCUAUUAAGAUGGAAGUGGGCAUCGAGGACUGUCUGCACAUAGAAUUUGAAUAUAAUAAAUCCAAGUAUCACUUAAAGGAUGUGAUUGUGGGAAAAAUUUACUUCUUAUUAGUAAGAAUCAAAAUCCAGCAUAUGGAGUUACAACUGAUCAAAAAAGAGAUCACUGGCAUUGGGCCCAGUACUACCACGGAGACCGAAACAAUCGCAAAGUAUGAAAUAAUGGAUGGCGCACCGGUCAAAGGGGAGUCAAUUCCCAUAAGACUCUUUCUGGCAGGGUACGACCCAACUCCGACGAUGAGAGACGUGAACAAAAAAUUUUCAGUGAGAUACUUUCUGAACCUAGUCCUUGUCGAUGAGGAAGACAGGCGGUACUUCAAGCAACAGGAAAUCAUUCUGUGGAGAAAAGCACCUGAAAAAUUGAGGAAGCAAAGAACAAACUUUCACCAGCGCUUUGAGUCACCAGAGCCACAGGCAUCGGCCGAGCAGCCCGAAAUGUGAAUCGAAGAGGCAGAGAAAACUGUUGUGAGGGUUCAGUAGGUUAAAGAUCUUUGCAGCCUGUGGAGAGAGAGAGGCCAAAAUACCAUCUGUAGUUGUCUUCCUUUAUCUUACAGUGCUGCAAUUAUUUUACCAUACUACUAAACAUUCUUCAAGUCUGUAUAUACAUUUAAAAACAAAGUGCUUUCUCAGAAACACUGGAACUUUCUUAAGCUACCGUUUUAUACUGCACACCUUUAUUUGAUGACAUGCACUCGGAUGCAUAAGCUUAAACCUUAGUUAAGUGUUUCCACGUGGGUAGGCUGGUAUUUAUAAUUUUUGCUUUCUUAGAAUUUAGAUGAUAGAGCUUCUCCCUUGACUUUUCUGUCCUCGAUUGAUUGCCUCAUGUCUGCAAACUCCGCACACCUGCAUCCACAUCAUAUUAGAAAAGUUGGAGUCUGACCUCUGAUUCCCCGCCGAUACGGGGGAUUUGCAGCAUUACACGUUUAACCCUUGUGGAGUUCUUUUAGAAAGUCUUAUUUGGGGUGGAGAAACUGCUUACAUCUCUUUAAAUGCUUCUGAGUCUCCCAUUCCAUGGCUUCCUGGGCUUCUUGUAACCAUCUUCCGGGCGGGGGGGAUGGGUGUGAAUAUUUUCUAAAAAAAACUUUUUAAAGAAAAGGUGCGUUAGGGAAUCACCACCGUUCUCUUCCAGUUAACGUUCCAUUCGAAGUACACCUUCAACGGCCAGGAGCAGCUUCCCCUGGGUUUUCCUGGAGCCCUCUUGCAGGGGGGAAUAGAGAGAGAGAGAUUAGCAAUUUAGAGUCUCUUGUGGUCAUGAGGGCUUUUUUUUUUUCUUCCUAAUCAGAUACAUUAAGAUAAAAUUGCCAUGCCACGUAGUAUAGGGUUUUCUUUUUCUUUUCCCCCGAUCUUCAAAUUCACAGACGGGUCUUGAGGGCUUUUUUUUUUUCCCCUCCUAAUCAGAUACAUUAAGGUAAAAUUGCCAUGUAAAAUAGGUUUUCUUUUUUCUUUUCCCCCAAUCGUCAAAUUCACAGACAGGUCCUCUGGACCUCUCGGGGUAAACCUGUCGGGUGGGUGCCCCCCCCCCCCCCCCCCGGUCAUCCCGAUCUAGAUAAACCCUGCUUUUUGCCAAACCGGGAUCUUUGGCCAGUUGGAAAUUCCCAACGUAAAAAAUUUCACAGCCUCAUUACCACACGGGUCGCCUUUUUCUUGUCAUUUUUUGUCGUCUUUAAAGUCAUCAGUUGAAAAAGUCUAAAGAAAAAGGUUGCGGUCACCCGUUCGGGAACACUGGGCUCCGUUCUCAGAUGCCCCGUAUAUGGUGGAGGCACCAGACCGACCGCGUGGAAGUUACUUGCACUCGUGGUUCGGUCGUUUGUGCACCGAGACUUUUGAUAUAAACGUCAGCGCACGUCUCGUCACUUACCUUACUUUAUGAGUAAGCUUAAACUAAAUUUACAUUUCUUUAAGAACUGUGGCCCUUUGAUAAAGGAGUAAGCAACCUACUGUUCUUUACUGGCAAAAGAUUCUAUAUACUGUGGCCUGGAGCACCUGUUUUACACGUGGAUUUCUCUGAGGAAAAAAAAAAUCAAAUUUCCCGUCUCAUGUAAGUGCCUGUUGAGAAUUAAAAAAAAAAAAAAAAAUCCACAAAUCCCCUCCAUCCCUUUAAAUGCCAAAUAUGUUCAUGGUCCCUUACAUAUUGUAAUCUAGAAAUAAUUCCAAGAGAUUUUGACAACGAAUUGUAUUUAACCAGCCUCAAAUUGUGCGACCAUGUAUAAAAACGAUUCGAAACAGAUAUCGAGCUGCUAUUUGAAUGAUUAAAAAAAAAAAAAGCUGUA